UCUGUCUCGGACCGAAGUUCAGUGAGUGUUGUUGUCCCGUAGGUAGCAGUGAUGGCUGCUCCGUUAGCACAUUUCGAUGAAGACUGGCAGGACUUUAAUGAAUUCAGACCUACCUCUGAAUGGCCAAAUCAGCUGGAUCAGAUCAACUCCAAUGUCGGUGACACAACAGGGUUUGAGGACUUUUCAGAUCUCGACAACAGCUUUUCGGGGGAGAUAUGCAGCUUCAAGUCAAUGGAGGACCUUGUGAACGAUUUUGAUGAGAAGCUGAAUAUGUGUUUUCGGAAUUACAACACUAAGAUAGAAAAUAUCGCUCCAGUACAGCCCAUCACAGAAGAUAAUUUCCUGAAGGACGACGAAAUCUGGAACGCUCUGACGGAUAACUAUGGAAACGUGAUGCCAGUGGACUGGAAGACCUCUCACACACGCUCCCUCCACUUACCCACCCUCAACCUAUCAGAGCAGAGGAAAGAGGACAACUCGUCACUGGACCUCUCGGACGAUGAGGAGCUGCGGGAGCAAAUGGACAUGCACUCCAUCAUCGUAUCGUGUGUCAACGACGAACCGCUCUUCACCGCUGAGCAGGUGAUUGAGGAAAUUGAGGAGAUUAUGCAAGAGUCUCCAGACCCAGAGGAGGAUGAGAGUCCAUCCCAGUCCGACAUGUCCCUACUCUGCCAAGAGAUGAACACACUCAACAGGUCCAGCUCUACCAGCAGCUACGAAGAGACUCUGCGCGGGUUGUCGGUGUCGGAGCUGAGCGGGCGGCUGCAGCAGGUGGAGACGCUGAUCCGGGGCCUGUCGGAGGAGCUGGUGCAGCAGCUGGCGCUGCGGGACGAGCUGGACUUUGAGAAGGAGGUGAAGAACCGCUUCAUCUCGCUGCUCAUCACCGUGCAGAACCGCCAGAAGGAGCACCGGCAGCUGCUCAAGCGCCGCGGCGGCAAGAUCCGCAGCCCCAGCCUGCAGACGCGCGGCGGGGAGAGGACACACGUGCCCGGCACGUAUCUUACCACAGUGAUUCCCUAUGAGCAAAAGAGCGGCCCUCCGUCAGUGGAAGACCUUCAGUACCUCACCAAAAUACUGCACGCCAUGAAGGACGACAGCGAUAAAGUCCCUAGCCUGCUAACUGAGUACAUCCUCAAAGUAUUAUGUCCCUCGUAGUCCUCCAGGAAUGCCGGGACCUUCCAGUUGGUACGAGGUGACGCAGUGAAGCCCUCAUGUCCUGUUUCCACGGGCUCCGUGGUUUUCAAACUCUUAGGUGUUUUACCUCAUUUUUAUUUUUUUAAUUUUUAAUCCCAUAGCAUUUUCCAUGUGUCAACCUAAUACUAUUUUGAUAUCAUGUGAGAUGUUUUUUUUUAUUUUUUAUUUUUAAACGCAUGUGAGUUUGUAAUAUGUUAGCGUAUGCAUUACCAGUCAGCAGUAUUACUCCACGAGUCGUGUGUCCUCAGCUCAGCAUGGCUCACGGCCCGUUACAUGACUCCGCCAUUUCCUCAGACAAACAUUUCCUCAGAACAACAUCGCGAUCCUGUACGAGAGAUUCUACUUAUCGCCUUGACGACGGGUACGAGACCACCACAAUUCCUUGGCCCACAGCUGAGAGAUUUCCUGUUGUUGGGUUGCAUCUGGUUUGUUCGGUUACUGCAUGGUUUUCAAUGUACUCUGUGCACUCCGAGAGGUACAAGGACGUCUUUGGUAGUAGUCUUAACAAGCGGAUAUCACAAGGCCUAGCCGAUUAGCAUUAGCCUUGAUGACCUGUGACCUUGUGUAGUGCGGAUGUGCAGUUAUGAAAGUGUAGCUUUAAAGGGUAAGGGGCCUCUGGCCUGACGAGCACUGUGAAAUGAUGUUGUGACUGAGGCCUCUCUCUGUAGCACAUUGACAAGCUUGAAACUUGUCGGGGCGUUUUUGCCAGGCUUUUGUAGGAUGGUGAAAGCUUGGUUUUGAGAAAAGGGAAAAUCUGUGCUUACCUGCAAAGACAUCUUCCACUUAUGAAGCACAAAAAUCUGCAAUAAUUUGUGAUCUAUCUUAGUCCUUUUAUAUGAAGCUUGUAUGCUUAUAUAGUUUUUAGCUAGCUCGUAACUGAUGUAAAAACCAUGGGAGAUGAUAAAUUGGGACAGUGGAACAGUAAUGUCUUUAUAAAGGGAGAUACUGCUAAAGAAACUGCAUGACUGUGGAAUACAACAUCAACCUUCUUCCUUUAGCCAGCGCACUAAGGUAUGUGUAACGCACACAAAGCUCAGGUGCCAUCAACAGCAGCUCAGUGGCGCCCCCUGCCCUAAGGCUGGAGCGGUGCAUGGUGCCAACUGGUUUUAACCUCAUCUUUGCCGUGUCAGCCAGUCUAAAUUGUUCCUCCCUCUCUCGGCUCCUUUGAUUGGUGCCAGUGCUCUGAUUGAUGAUUGUCAUGGCAACACUCAGACCCCCCCCCCCCCCCCCCCCUUGUCCUCAACAACGUAUUCCCUGUGUCAUCGGAAAACUCCCGUUUGUUGAAGACGGUCUACUACAGUUGAAGCAGCCUACUAACUUGCAUGCACAGAGCAUGCUGCCAGAGCCAUACCAGCAUAGACCAGGGGCAGUGACACGUGUGGGUGUUACCAUGCCGCCCAACGUCCUGUGAUCAGGAAGUGUCCAGGUUUACAGCUCUCCUAACAUCUUCCACGGCUAGUCCCCCACAUGCUGGUCAUGUAAACAUUGAGUAGACAUUGAGUAAGCUUUGAAUAUUAUAUAGCUCUGCGUGCAUACCCUCCCAUUAGUCUUUUUCAGCCCAUGUAGUUGGUGAAGUCUUUAGGCUAUAGUCAUUUUUACCUAGUGAGGUAUUUGGGGACAUUUUCAGUGUCCCCUGUAAUGUCCUGUGCUUGUGUCUUAUGGUCACCCUUGCUACCUGUCCCUUUUUAAUCUGAUUACAGUGAGCCUAUAAUCUCUAAUAACAUGCCAGUUUAGCAUUUGAAUUCUCUCUGUCUCUCUGUCUCUCUCUUUAAAACACAUAGUGAUUGCUGUCACAAGGCUCAGAAACAUUUGAAACCUGACACAAACUUGCACUUUCUCUGUAACUUGCCCAAAGGACAGUUUGACCCUAGAAAGAAGCUCUGGUCAAUAAUCACACAUAAAAUAACAAUAUUUUUGGAGGGCCACAUCCUGAGUGCAAGCACACAUAAGGAUAUGGAUGCCCAGUAGAGACUCUGCUAUGAAGCUACGCGUUUGGGGCUCAGUUGGACUACAGAUGGUAGAUUUGCCCCAAACAUCUAUUAGGAACUAUCAUGUAACAAAACAGGCUUUAUAAAAAAAUCAGCGGCACACAACUCUGACUUCCCUUUAGUUUAUUUUGGGAUUUGUGAGAUGGGUAUUUUAAAGUUCAGUCUACUCUGCGGUACAGUCUGAUUUAUGCUUGAUGAUGCUUAAUGCUUGAUGGCAUUACGGUACCUUUGGAAUGGAUUACAAUCUGGUGUUCCAAACGAGAUUCCAGCAUGUUUUGCCCUCCAGCAAACAAAGUCAGUAAAACAAGGCCUCAGAUUGAAUCAGAGCUUACGCAGAUGGAUCAACAGAUGCAGAAUGUGUUUUUACUAUUAUUAUUAUUAUUAUUACUAUUAUUAUUUGUAAUUUUCUUAGCUUAUUCAAGCUAAAUGUCAAAUAUGCCAGUUUAAAAGAAUUAAUUGAAAGUCACGGCAGGACAUUGAAAGUCGAAAUGACAUAUAAAUGAUCUAUUUUUGUCCUGAGGUUUACUGUAUUUAUAGGAGUAAAUGGAAUCCAGUAGUGAAAUGAGAAACGGUCGUCGCCCUAUCCCAGGCGUCAGAACUAUAGAUUUAUAUUUCUACUCUCUCUCCUGUAUUUCUAUGGCUGCCUGUGUACAGAAAUAACAGUUUUGUAAAUAGAAACAUGUUUGUUUUUAAUGUACCUUUCUUUCCUCCUAUCCGCUCUCUUUCUGUCACGGAUCAUUGUUUGUUUCCCAUUACAAUGUAAUGUGCUACAAUUAAUUUAUUCUGUUAAUGCCAUUUAAAGCAUAUCAUCUUUAGUGGUACAAAUGUUUUGUGCCAGUUUGCACUGGAACUCAUCCGAACUAAAUAAAGACUUUUGACUGUA